CACACACACACACACACACACACACCAGUCAUAGCUGAGUGACGGCAGGUCGCCAUGGCAACUGCGUUACGCUCCGGGCAGCCGGGGAGGGGGGGUUAGAGAAAACAAGCGCGUGAGGACACGGUUCACUCUUCAUUUCAGCACCACGCGCCUCCUGGACAGCGCCCGCAUGAACUCGCGCGCACAUUCUACCUCCAGAGGGGACGGAACCGAAGCAGAACCGAGUCGAAACGGAGCCGAGGGAGAAACGUACACCACCAACAACAACAAGGCGAGGGGCAGGAACUCUGCGGACCUGUUAGUUCGGUUCAUAUAAUCCGGACUUCCGAGCCAGGAGCGGGUCGCUCCGUGAAGAACCGCAGCAACAGGGCAGCAGCAGCAGCAUGUCUGAGAAGAAGCCCAGCCAGCGGUUUCACAGCCUGAACUCGGAGCAGGUGGAGGUUCUCCACCAGGUGCUUUCAGAGGUGGUUCCCAUCCACGGCCGCGGGAACUUCCCCACGCUGGAGCUGCGCCCUCGUGACAUCAUCAUAGCGGUGCGAGCCAGGCUGCAGAGGCAGGGCAUCGUGGUCAGAGAUGUGCGUCUGAACGGCUCCACGGCUAGCCAUGUCCUCGUGCGGGACAACGGAACGAGCUACAAGGACCUGGACAUCAUCUUCGGAGUGGAGCUACCGAGUCAGGAGGAGUUCCAGGUGAUUAAAGAGUCGGUGCUGGGCUGCCUGCUGGACUGCCUGCCUGCUGGAGUUAACAGAGAGCGGAUCAGCAGUGCCACAAUGAAGGAGGCCUACGUUCAGAAAAUGGUCAAAGUCUUCAACGACCACGACCGCUGGAGCCUCAUCUCCCUGUCAAACAACAGCGGCAAAAACCUGGAGCUCAAAUUUGUGAGUGCGCUAAGGCGCCAGUUUGAGUUCAGUGUGGACUCUUUCCAGAUCAUUCUCGACCGUCUCCUGGAGUCCUACAUGCAGCAGGACUCGCAGAACAAACUAUAUACGGUUAAUGGUAAGGACCGUGCAGCAGAGGGUGAGAAUAACUCUUCCUCUGUGCACAGUCAGUCCACCACUUCAGACUCAGAGAAGUCCACAGUUGUAUCCAAUGAACACAAGGCUCAGAUCAGCCGGAUGCAACCCAGAGAUGAAGUGCAUGAAAAGGAGUCUCAGACCGAGUUCUUACAAGUGGAGCUUUCAACCCAGACAAAACCCUGUGACGCACAGAAAGAGGAAACACCUGCAGAGCCUGAAGAAGUGUCUGAGCACAACACAAACCCAAACAAGACAGAGCAGACAUCUCUGUCUGAAAAGAAACAAACUUCUGAAAAGCCCGAGCUACCGGAUCAGACUGAACAAUCCAAGCUCUUAGAUGAGUCGAAGUCCAUAAUGACAACAGAACAGUUGGAGCAAACCAAGCCCUGUAAUGGUCAACAAGCAGAAGACUUAAAUCACAGUGAACUUUCUGCACUGAAAGAACUAACUAACCACACAGAACCGCUUGGAAAACAGAGAAAACUCACGGGACAGAUGGGACAUUCUGAUCCACUCAACACCUCCAAAAUAACUCAGUGUCUAAACCGUGCAGAGGAGCCUCACAGUACGGAGCAAUCUGAUAAAACCGACUUAUCUAAGCAUUUCACAGAGGAUCAGAGAGGAAACGAGGAAGAUAAAAAUCAGCACGUGUUUGCUCUAGACUCAUGUGCAAACUUAGAGACCCAGCUAAAAGAUGAAGGAAAACAGGAAAAGGAGAACAGUGAGCAGAUUGAAGCAGAGAGAGAAAAUGAUCUGAAAAUCUGUGAAAUCACAGAGAUUUCAGCAUUAGAGGAGAAACCUGUAGAAGACACAAAGGGUAUUGAUUGUUCCUGCUCCACCUCUUCCACUCUUCCACUUAGCAACACACAGCCCACUGACACCGAGGAUACACCAGAGACUCACAGCACACAGCACACAGAUAACUCAGAGAAAACAGCCAGCACACUCGAUGCUGUCAGCCCUCCAGAUUCUCAGGAAAUUUUACCCGCACCACCUAGCCUUGUUUCUGACAAAAAGACCUCCUCUGCUCCCUGCAGUAAGGUCUCAGAAAGACUGUCUCACAUGGUGGUGCUCAAACACUCAUCCCCAAAACCUCCUCGGAGGAUGUGUCGAAAGGUUACCUCUUAUCCUCACCCCAGCCAAGCCUCUGAAAAUGAACUGCUUGUUGCACCUUGUCCAGAUUAUCACCCUUGUUCCACAAAUGAACCAGACAAAGUCUUUGACCUGAAACCAGCAUGUCCCAUUUCAUGCCCUACAACUAUACCAACAAGUAUUUCUGAACGUAAUCCUUCCAAUGACCCAUCUUCAGCAGCUGAUCUUACCUCAGAUCCUGUUCCAGCCCCUGAUAUAGUUUCCACCUCAUGCCCAGAUCCUGUGACUAUGAUACCUCAAGAGACAUCUACCUCUCAGAAAACUGCUGAUGGUUUAUGUGAAACAGGCGUAAAGGAAACACUGAAUACAUGUGUUGUUUUCAAUGAGCAAAGCCAGCCCUGCCCCAGAGAAACUGUCUCCGAACUCAAAGAGUCAGAGCCUUUUAACCAACCGGUUUCUCACACCAACAUAUCCAGCUCUAAAAUCCAAGAACCUGCACCCACAGUUGAUGGAGCUGAGGUCCGAACAGAAGAACAGACCAAAAAUAUUACCCCAAAUCCACAAGAAAAUACUUCAUCACUCCCAUCUCACAGCAUCGUUCCUCCUCUUCUCAGUUUCACCCCCUCACCCCCCAGCCACAGUCCUCCCCCAUGCCUGACCCCUCCAUCGCCAAUGCUAAGCACCAUGAGCCCCACCACCAGCUUCAGUUCUCCUCCUCAAAGUUUCAGCCCAACCUCAUCCUGCCUCAGCUCGCCUCCGUACCUCACCCCUCCCAUGCUUAGCCUUAGCCCUCCUCCGCUGUGUCCAUCCCCACCGUCCCCCUGCCUCAGCCCUCCCCUCCUCUGCUUCACUCCGUCAGUGGAGUCUGGAGAGCUUUUACCUCAGGUAGCUUCAAACAUGGAGCCUUUGAUUGUGAAUGCUGACAGGGAUGAACAGAUUAAUGGUCCGUCCCCUCAAUCAGGAGUUCCUCCGUUACCAUUGGAUGAUAAAAUGGACCAUAGCUAUAGCUCACUGAUGCCUCAGGUUGAUGAGCCUGUCUCUUUUCCCAUCACAAUUCCAAGUUCCACCUCACAUAUGUUGCCUCAUUCCACUUCUGAAGGCUCAGGGAAUUCUGCUUCUUCUACAAACAGUGAGGUGCCCAAAACUGUACCUGACAAUACAAAGACCCCUAAAGUAACCACAGACGCAUCUGAACUGUGUAACUGCCCUCGAGGAUCGGACUCGGUCCCUGAUGUUGAGGUUCUAGCAGAGAGCAUGUACGGCGACUUUGAGGCAGCAAUGGACCACCUGCGCUAUCGUUUGAUCGCUACCAGAAACCCAGAGGAGAUCCGAGGUGGUGGCUUAUUAAAAUACAGCAACCUCCUGGUCAGAGACUACCGACCAGCCAGCGAGACUCAGAUAAAGACUCUGGAGCGCUACAUGUGCUCGCGCUUUUUCAUCGAUUUCCCCGACGUGCAGGAGCAGCAGAGGAAGAUCCUGUCCUACUUGAAGAACCACUUCAUCGGAGAAGAGAGGAGCAAGUACCAGUACUUGAUGACGUUGCGUCGCGUCAUAGAUGACAGCACGGUGUGUCUGAUGGGCCACGAGAGGCGUCAGACGCUGAACAUGAUCACAGUGCUGGCGCUCAAGGUUCUCGGUGAACAAAACAUUAUCCCCAACACAGAUCACGUGACGUGUUUCUACCAGCCAGCUCCGUACAUGGCUGAGCACAGUGCUCCCUAUCUCACAGAACCCAGCUACUGCAGCUACUACAUCCCACAGGGGGGRUCGACUCUGCUGUACCAACCUUACCCAUUACACCUGCACCCACAGACCGGACUAGUCUGAGACCCUCGUGAUCAUACACAAAACACACAACUGAGCAAAAUGUUUGCAGAAGAGCCAGAGAAAGGAAAUAUUAUCCAGGGAUGAACUGUUUGGUCUAUAAUAGACCUGUGGGGGUGGGAUUGAGUGGGAUUUACAGUGAACUUAUUGAGUACUCCAUAAGGUUCUAACACGAUUAUAUCUAAUUACCCAGGCUUUGUGGGGAAAAAACUAAUUCUUCCGAUAUUGUUCAAAUUCCAGAAAAUGCUGUUUGCACUGCAUGAGUCAUAGACCUUUGGUCUCCCUGGGAAACCAACUGCGCUGUUCGCACACACUUACACACACACACACACACACA